AGUGCUGUCAAAGGGACGCACAUAUACGUAGCUUUUUAUAGAUGACAGUGCAGAGGAAACAAACUAGGAGGUGGUAGGAAGGUGGGAGAGGUUUAUCAUGUGCGUGUGUAACUCGAUCCUGUGUUCAUUUAUUGUUGAUUUUGGAUAAUGUAUGUUCGAAGUAAUUACUGCAGACUUUCGUGAAGAAACAUGUUCAGCAAAAAAAUUCACGCAGACGUCAAGAAGUCGACUCAGAAAGUCCAGGAUUUGAAGAAAGAUUCUGCUACACGUUUGAAGCAUCUCAGAAUUGUACUGGAACAUGUCGAUGUCGAGGAGGCAAAAACUUUCUUUGAGAGCAAUUUCAGUCACAUCUACUGCAUCCUUUAUGACAGUUUUGUAGCAGCUGAAGCAAAUCUGAAGCAGAGAGAGUUGUCUUUCCACUUAGUUCACAAGGCUCACAGAGAGGAACUGGAAUUCGUGCUGUUGAUACUGGAGAAAGUGCUGGUGCUGCUGCCUGAACUCAUCUCGGGACGAUGGCAACUACACAGCCUCACACGCAUCCUUAGUAAACUCCUGCAUCCUGGAAACUCUUACAAAUUGCGCAGAGAGGCAAUCAGGUAUUUUCUCUUAUGGUAUCAAGCACUGGGUGAUAAUGCACCUGACAGUCUGCAUGCCAUUUUUGCAACAUUAGUACCAGGUUUCCCAUCACCGUUCCCAGGGAUGGGGCUUCCUGCAUUAAGCCACAACUCUGCCUCUGUGUUUCAUGAUGCAACUGCAGGUCCUGUAUGUCCCGUGGAAAUACAACCACUGUUGUCUCCACAAAGUGGGGAGAAGCAGCCAGAAGACCCCACUCGGUUUUUUCUUGAUGCAUUACUGGAGUUCAUGGUGUCCCAGGUUACGAAGGUGGAAUGGAGGGACCGUGUUAAUAGGCAGCAUAAAUGUUUCACAUUUCUGUUUGAACGUUUCAAGCAGUAUUACUUGCCACAUAUCUUCCCAGAGUUUUCUCAUAUGACAAGUCUAUACAAGCCCGUUUUAGAAGUACCCUUGAAGAAACGUGCGUGUCCUGCUCCUGUGGAGACAGCUGAUGGUAAAAAACGAACUGACCCUUUCAUUGCCUGCCGUGUUGCUGUGAUCAGAUGGGUUGCCAUUUUUACACAUAUCACAAAAAAAGGAAGUGAACACACAUUUGUCCCAGCUCCAUCCAGCAGUGUCUCACCAAAUGAGGAAACAGACCGUUCACCAGGGACAGAGCUGAGACGUGUCAGUGUGAGUCAGGCAGGCUCGAACCAUGAAGCACAGUCUGCUGUGUCGCCAUUAUCAGAUUCAAAUCAUUCAUCAGCAUUUUCCCAGGCAGAAGUUGGACACACAGUUACUGAAGAUCCAAACUCAGCAGCCAUUAACUUGGUGCGUGAAGUGCUGUAUAGUACACGUGAAAACGUUAACUUUGUGCAUGAAGUCUACAGACAAGCAUUUCUGCUCAAUUUCACUCAUUCACCUGCUAUACGCAAGGCCAUAGCUGUCUAUAAGGACUGGAUUCAAAUGAAUGUCCCAGAACUCCCUUGUUUUAUGCUGGAGCCACUUGAGAGCCACGUAAAAAACAGUGGACCGCCAUCCAAUGAAUUUAGUUCCUUAGAGAGCACAGAAAGUCCUGAAUCGUUCAGAGUGACUCGCCUAAGGAAUGAUUCAUACCUUGGAGCCAUUCACAAGGAGAAUUUGUUGGUACGGGCUGGUUUACAGAAUUUGCUACAAUUAUUCAUUACACAUGCAGCAAAUGUGUUUACGUUGGAGUUGAGUCCUGAUUAUCCACUCCUUUUGGAGGAACAAGUGGAUACAUGUAAGCGUGUCCUCAAUAUAUACCGGUACAUGGUGAUGCACACCCGUAUGGAAGCUCGUACUUGGGAACAGUUAUUGGUGGUUCUCCUGCAAAUCACAUCACUCAUUUUAAGCAAAACACCCCCAAAACAUAAGGAAGAGACCCUUGGAGGAAAGCUAGCCCCAGCAAUUUUCCAGACACUAAUAGUGACAUGGAUAAAAGCUAAUUUAAAUGUGGUUAUCUCUGCUGAUUUGUGGGACCAGUUCUUAGCAGUUUUGUCAUCCCUUACACAAUGGGAAGAACUCAUUCGUGAAUGGGCAAAGACAUUGGAAACACUGACACGUGUUUUGGCACGCCAUGUCUAUGGCUUGGACCUCACAGAUUUGCCACUUGAUCGCCUGACAGAGCAAAAAGCCAAGAAACGGCGCGGAAACAGGCAGCAGAGUGUAUGUGAGAAUACCCAGAACCAGGGCCAUCCAACACAUCCAGCGUCUCAGCCAGCUCGCAACAGUGUUUCGUAUUCAUCUGGCCAAGGAUCAAUGCGAGCAAGUUCUAUUCCACCACUGGCAGCAUCCAGUACACCGUGUCAUGACCAAAGCUCUAGUGAUGGUCCUGCCAGCUUCAACACAACAGCUUCUGAGUUGUCAAGUGGAACGUUUCAGCAACACAAUCACUCUCAUUCACAUCACCACCAUCAUGGUAUGCUGGGAAGUAGUCCUAGUCCAGAUAAACGUCGUAGUGGGUACCACGGACUGCACUUACGUAGUGUUAGUGAGGGAAAUUUAUCAAGUGCUGUUGCACAUCGCCAUCGCCACAAGAGUAGCAGGAUGGUAGAUUCUGGGCGUCACUGUGCAAGUCGAGCUGCUCCAGUUGUCAUCCCAGUCUUACCUCUUUGUGUGGAAAGAGAAGUGGCUCGAAUCAUUGCUCAUUCAGGUGACACAAAUUACUCACAACGUACGUACCCAAAAACCCGGAUUCACAAGUCACGUUCCAUGGAUUCUCUUCGAAGUGCCAGAGCAGGAACACCAUUCCAGUACUCUGAGUCAGAGGGUCCAACAAGAUCCCCCUCUCCUGCUCCAUCGAGUGGAGUUGAAAGCAAUUCAAUCAAAGAUUCGCCCAUGCAGAUUGAUGUAAUAAGUGCAGAUGGUACAAGUUUAGAUCUUCAAGAGACCAGUGGCCGAACUUCAGUAAUGGCAGGAGGAACAGUGCGUGGUUGGUUGCCUGAUGUGGCUGUUGUAUUAUGGCGCCGUAUGUUGGGAGCUCUUGGAGACGUCAAUCAGAUUAGUUCACCUGUGCUACAUGCCCAAGUCUUUGAUUACCUGGUAGAGCUGUCUGAUACACUAAUAAAAAUUCGGAUGAACCAAGGAGUGUCUGUAGAUGGCCUGUGCACACCACCUCCUCCAGAUUUAAUACCACCUCUAAAAAUUAUUGCUCCUUGGUGUUUCAAGGCCCUGUCAUUGCCAGCAAACUAUGCACGUGGAAAGUUGAGUGCCUUGAGGUUGUUGUGCCAGAUGACAAUGACUCACCAAGACAUUCCAGCUCCUCAUGAUCAUGUUACUCACUUCUAUAAGGUGUUACACCAUGGACUUAUUGGCACUGAACAGGCUGUUGUCAACACAAUAGUGCAAUAUUGCGGACCUCGUUUCUUUUCACUGAUGUUACCAGGCUAUUCACUACUAAUGUAUGACUUUAUUCAUGCAGCCAAUACUGUUUUAUCAUCAAAUGAUAUAGCAACAGCUCCUCGGACUGAGGCAGCUUCCAUAUUGGGCACUCUGCUUUGCUUGUCCAGCACCUUCCCAGAACUACCAGUACUUCAGCCCACAGUAAAGGAGUUCAGUGUGAGAUCAUGUGUCGAUGCCAAGGAUCACAUUGUGCCUAUUUUACUAAGAUGUGGGAAAAGAGAACCAACAGGUUUGGCUCGUUGCAUUGCUCUUUCAAGCUUGGGCAUUUAUGUGUAUCAAGAAUUGAGCCAUGGCACAUGUCAUCCUCGCAUAAAAGAUGCAGUCAAUGUGUUGUUGCUUGCAUUAAGGUUCAAUAACAAGACUGUGGCACUGGUUGCCUCUGAUGUUCUUGUGGCAUUGUCUGAUCAUGCAGCUCACUUACUUGAAGUCUUUCCAGAGAUACCUUUACGGAUUAUUGAGGUGUUAGCUCUUACAUUGUCGCAGCUGGCUCCACGUCAACAAAAUAAGGAGAGUUUAUCUGGUUCCAGUUGUGUUUUACUUACAUCACUUAUGUUUUGCCUUGGUGAGUGGUGCAUGUGUGUACCAAUUCCACAAUUAGUGGCUCAUGGUCGAAACUGUUUGCUGCUUACAGUUUUCAAGGUUUUAAGUCAGUUGCAGAGUGGAAAGUCACACGCAACAGAAAGUGAAACACCACCUAUACCAGAGUCCGCAGACUACGAUUUGGAUAUAAAAUUAGAUAAUCUCCGUGAAGAAUCUGCACCACCUCAAAUAGCACAAGAGCCACCACCUCCUGGAUCAGCAGAGCAACCCAUUCAACUUGCUGCAAAAAUGGUAUUAAUGCAUCUUGUAAAUCACCUUGGCCACUUUCCAAUGGGCAUAGGAGCAGCUCGAUUGUCCUCAAUGGUAGUUGAACAAGAUGAUGUACCAGGCCUUUCUGCUGAUGAGCUCAGUGCAGAAGUUUUUUCUGCCCCAAAUAUCCAGUUGUUUGUGUUAAGUAGCCGUUUGCUAGUCUCGCUGGUCGAACUUCCUACUCUAGAUGUCCCUGGUGGUGGAGUGACGGCUGGCCUCCGUACUGCUCUCUCCCAGGUGCGCGUCAUUUUACGCGAUCUUGCUGGUAAGGCCAGCUGGGAUGCGUCAAUCUUGUACUGCUCUCCAGAUUAUGAGAGGACUGCAGAUUUUAGUAUAGUGGAGGAAGGUACCGAAUCCAGUGCACAGUGGGGGAAUUCAGUUCAUCCUGAAAUGUUGUCUAGUCUUGUUAUAAGUUCUCCACCACAGCACACUUUACGCCACCGUCCACCUCAUCAGUUACCUACUUGGGAAGAUGGUGCUGACGAUAUGGAUAAUUUGGAUGACCUUCUACAAUAUCUCGGGCACACUAGUCCAGAAUGUCUCGAGAGCCUCGAUACCCCACGGAACAUUCCAGCAUCACCACCACCACAGUUCACUAGAGAACUGGAAGAAGAGAGCAUGACUAGUGUCUUAGGCCAAAGAAAUAUUGAGAGGGAUUUUUUGCAGAGGCCUCUCAUAUCGCUGGGGAGUGAGCCGUGUGCUGCAGCAGUGCACUAUCCAACAACAGCACCAUUUCAACAUUGUCGGUUGUUGUUCUCACAGCUAGGACUAGCUGGAUGGGAACGAAGAUCGCAAUUGCAAUUGCUUGCAAAGAAUGAAAAACUGCUUCGGGAACUAAGAAACCUUGACACGCAGCGCUGUAGAGAAACACACAAAAUUGCUGUAAUAUAUGUAGCUGAAGGGCAAGAAGAUAAAAAUUCAAUCCUGUCAAAUACAUGUGGGAGCCAGGCAUAUGAAGAAUUCAUUUCCGGUCUGGCAUGGGAGGUGGAGUUGGAGUCGCACACUGGUUUUUUGGGUGGACUGCAACGAAAUAGAAGUACCGGUGAAACAGCUCCCUAUUAUGCAACUUCUUUUCUGGAAGCUAUUUUCCACGUGGCAACACGUAUGCCAUCAUCAAGUCAAGAAUCUUUAUUACAGAAGAUGCGUCACCUUGGCAACGAUGAAGUACAUAUUGUAUGGUCAGAGCAUAACAGGGAUUACAGGCGUGGAAUAAUUCCAACAGAAUUUUGUGAUGUUCUUAUUGUCAUCUAUCCUUUGCUGAAUGGAUUGUACCGUGUACAAGUCAAACGGAAGCCUGAUGUUCCAUACUUUGGACCACUCUUCAAUGAAGCAAUAGUUGACAGUAAAGUGCUUCCGGGCUUGGUGAGAGCAUCUGCAAUUAGUGCCAGUCGUGCCAAGCGGAGUAUGCUUCCUUUUUACCAGAAUUAUUAUGAAGAACGUUCCAGAUCACUGGAGACAGUAGUAUGCAACCACCGGGAGCCAACUACAUUUGAGGAGUUUGCUGCACAGGUCUACUCGCCAGUGCAAACACCAUCACCUUUUUGUGGCGGACCAACACGUUCCUCAGGGACAUCACUGAGCUCUCGUAGUCCUGAACCAAGCUGUUCGUCUGCACCCAGUUCAACACUAGCAGCAGCACUAUUGGACUCCCACCACCACUGCAGUGGCAGUCCAUCAGAUUCAAGGAUUCGAGGAGCUGAAAGUAUUAGAGUCUGGUUUGCAGGCAAUGAAGUGGCAUCUGCAGCUGACAGCGGACUUCACGGCAUAUCACCAAGACCAUUAAAGAAACUAUCUUUCAAGACUACAGCAAGGAAGUCUCUAGCUGUUCGCUGUGAAUCUGUUUCUCUUACUCCACCUGACAGCCCCACAACUCGGAAAACAAAGUAAAAGUGAUAAUGCCCACUAAAUAUGAUUUUAUAUCUUGACUCGUCAACAGUGUGCUUGUAUAUGUGUGUAUGCGUGUUUUAAAGGACUGGUUUUCUUGCACUAAGUGAUGACAGAGAGUUAUUUUGGAAUGUAGACUGUCUUGACACAAACUUUAAAUGAAAAUGCAGAAGGUACACAGAAAGCAUCAGAGUUCUUAUUUACUAGGUGCUAUUUAGUGUGUUGUUUCUCAGGGAUGUCAAUAAUGACUGCUGCCUCUUGUAUUGAGGAUUUAAGUAAGUUUCUGAACACAGUGUUAAUAACAACUUGGUGCAUUUUUGUUAUUGUACCAGCAAGAAAGUGCUUGAUCUUUCCAUGUUGGAUAUCAUUGGAAUCUACUGAAACUUUCUCACACAUUGCCAGAAACUCAGUGAAUUGAACUGUUUACUUACCACGCAAUGAAAGAUACAAAAGUUGGUUGCUCAUCACUUGUGAUUAGUAUUUGUCAUUAACAGGUGUUAUUUAAAGCUCUACGGAUAAACAAACACUUGGAAGAAGAAAGAGCACAUUAUCAAAAUGGGAGUAUCAAAGGUCAUCAUAUCCAUCCCAGUAGUUGGCAUGAAACUUACCUCUUUGUCAGAUUCUUCGAAACAUUAAGUGUCUUACAUAGGAAAAAUAUAUUGUAAAUUACUUUACCUACAGACGAGAGUUCCAAUCUCUUGUGUAGCAAGCAGCAAGAGUGUCAGAUAGUAUUUUUUAACAUUUUCUGCAUGUACUUUUAAAGAGAGAAUGUAAUUUUCUUUGACUUAACUUUACAAAGAACUUACUUUAAUUCAGAUUGUAUUCAUGAAUUUUCUGUGGCUGUAUCAAUAAUUCUACUUCCUCUUUUAGAUUUUACUUGACAAGCACUUACGUAGAAAAGCAGCUAAGCACAACUACUUCUAAAUGUUUUUUUUUUAAUUAUUGGUGAUAAAACAAUUUAAAAUUCUGUAAAUAUUGAAACACUGAAGAAGAUCAAUAGAGAGAUAUAAUAACUGUAUAGUGACCCACAACUACUAACAGCACUGCACAGUAACACCAGUAAAGUAACAUCACUAAUACUUUAUAAUUAUCUGGAGACACAGUAUGCAGUUUGAUCGCUAAAGCAUGACAGACAUUAGCUCAUAAUGCCUUGUGACUGAAGGAGUUCAAAUAAUUUUGAGCAUUAUUAAGGUGCCAGUUCACUGCUAAUGGUUAAUAUUUCACAUCCAGGAAUCUUUUCUGUGGGGGAAAAAGAGCGGAAGAAAUGAAUAAGAAAUAAGUACGAUGAGGAAUACACAUCCCCACAACAAAGUUAAUGAGAAUAUUGGAUAGAUGCUGAAGGUCACAAACCAUAAUGAGAAAUGGACCUGUAGCAUCAGCAUGACUGACUUGGCAGUUCCAAGUUGUAUCAGUUCCUCAUUAUAAUUAUCAUUUACUUUCAAAUCUUGGUGAUAGUAAAGGAGAUGAAUGUUUUUCUUUUGAGUACAAGUUGACAGAAUGUACUACAAUUCUCGUAGAUAUAAAAGGGAAAAGAUAUUAUUGUCGAAUAUGGUGCUAUUUGGGAACAUCUAAACACUGUAUUUACAAUUUUUGAGAACUGUGUUGGCAACUGUGGGCUACAGAUAUAACAGUAAUAAAUAACUUUACUAGUAGAUUGUUCCUGAAACUCAUAAUAGCAACACAAGUGAGUCUGUGGUGAUUAUCUGAGUGGUACUGUUCACAAACUCAUCCAGUGCUCCAUAAGAACACUUUCCUUCUGUGGCUAACAAUGAGGAACAUGUCAGGAGAAAUACAUUUCUCAUUGUCAGCUGUACAAGAAGAUCUGCUCAUUUCACAGUAGUGUGAAAGAUAACUUUGUUUGCCAUGAUUCGUGCAACUUGGACCUUGCAAAAUGUUACUGUCAACUGUUAAUCAUCAACUUUUAAUUGUAGUUAGAACUUUAGCCUUGAACUUUUUCUGGCUGUAGUGAUAAAAAAAUCCUUGCAGCAUUUAAUGAAACUAUGAGUGCUUUAUGCAUUUCUCUAGAUAUGGCUCUUUGCUUAAAGACACUAAAAACUCACUUCCGGCCAUUUUCGGUUCUGAAUUGAGUCCUCUACAAAUGUUAUGAACUUCACUGCAUAGCAUCCCAUGUCAAGGAGACAGGCUGGUAGUAACAACGCUAACAGUGCAUGUGUUUCUUAUCAUUUGUGUAAUAACUUUCAGAGUCAUAAUUUUUCUGUGACUCGUACAUUAGAUUACCCUUAAACCAAGCCAUCACCACUCUUUUUUUUUUUUAAAUGUCCUUGUUGCACACUUUGCGUUUAUAUGAUGUGUAUACAUUGCCAUCUCCUUUCUUUGAAACAGUUUUCUGAUAUUUGGGCAUUAUGUAGUCAAAUCGUGGUGGUGGCGUGAAAAAUAUGUUAGUCCACGAAUUCUGUGAGACACUGUGGACAACUGGGGUCAGCCUAUCAGCAGUCCUUUACUUUUGUCUUGCAUGCACCCUUAUUAAAUUUAUAAUUUGCAGCAACAAAACCUACAUUGCUCAGUAGUUCAGCAGUCAUUUUUUCCCUGUAGAUGCUCAAUUAAUUUGUCACCAUCUUCAAAGUCUAUAGUCAAAAGAAAAAUAAAAGUACUGUUGUAAUGGAAAAUAUUCACAUUGGUUUCAUGUGGCCUUAAAGUUGACAUUUAAAACAGUAGCCUGUUGGUUAUGUUCAGAAAUGUGUUUAUCAUGUUAAACUGUCAAUAAUACUGAAUUCUGUCCGGAUUUCUUUUACAGAUGGAAGUUUGUGGGGGGGGGUUAUUGCAUAUGCUUCAUAGUCUUCCUUUGAUCACAAUCCUCAAUUCACAUAACAGCACUUAUGUAAAUGUGAAGUGCUAUUAUUAAAUUCUUUUUGAUGAAUUAGAUAUGAAAAUAUUCUUACUCUCCCCAUCCCCCUCUUCAUAUCAUGAGCAUACAUCAUUAUGGCAGUAUUUAUAGUGCUUAGUGCACACAGGUAAGGAUGGUAUAAAGAUAUAAGCCAUGAUGCUUAUUAUGAUAUAAGAAGAAUGUAGUGUUGUUGCAUUAGUCCUUCACAAAAACAAAACAGACAAUUUAAUUACUAAGAAUGCUGUGAUUUACCCUUCUCCUUGCACUAGAAGUAAAAUCAAAAGGGAUAUAUCUACCUCAGCAACAACCUGUGUUCAGCAGUCAUUAACCAGAUCUGGGUAAAGCAUCGUUAUUAUAUAGUUACAUUACCUGAAUGUCAGUACUGCUUUGUUGAGGUCCUUGUACAGUUAUUUCACGUAGUUACGUAUCAACUGUAGCUUUGUGCAUGUUUUGUGCACAGAAUACAUUGACCUGUGAACUUCGUGUCACUUACAAAAUCAACUGAAAGUGACAACUUCGUAAAAAUAUUUUUUCCAUUAUAAUUUGAGUGAUUUAAAACUACCUUUUUAUUCAGUUUUUGCAUUGAAAGUGCACUCUUUAUCAUGAAAUUUCAUUUUACAAAUCAUACUUAGCAAAAGUGUAUUACAAACUUCACAGGGACAACUAUGGCACUUUUCACCGAUUGUUAGGUCCUCAUAUCUUGGAAUUUAACAACAGAUGUACUAUAGGUGUUCAGUUCUUUCAUUCUGAAAUACAGUCACAUACCUCUGAAUUCAGUUCACAUGUGAAUUUAGUGUCUGUGGACUUCAUGCUUUAGCAAUGCUUCUGCAUUGUUAUAUUUAGCAUUGUGUUAUGAAGGUUAUACAGUACACAUCAGAACUGAGAUGUUAGUUGUUUACAAGUUUCAAACAUUCAACAGUGCUAUUGCCAUCCUAGCUUCUGACCAGCAUUGAGUCUUUAUUUUUAAAAGUUAAGAACUCAUUCUGCCUAAUUUUCUUUUAAGGAAUAUAAUUUUGGUUUUCAUUAGUCAAGUUGUAGUUAAAAACUAAUCGAAGAUGUAGGCUGCAAAAUUGCUGUACUCUAACAGAUAUAGAAAUUUUUAUUGUUCUACAAGCUUGUGGAAUUACUUGUGACUACACAUUGUCUAUAUUUUAUGUCUGCUGUAUACCAAGGGCUGUGCCAUAGGAUACACUGUGAUCUUUGUGUUGUUAACAAAAAUUCCAAUAGAGUUUUGUUGUUGAACAUGUGCUUCUUACAAGUAAAAAUAAGAAGAGAUAGGGCUGGGCUGAGAAUGAGUAUCUCUUCUCAUACCUGGCUUCUAUGAGAACUCUUCGUACUAUCAUAAUUUUUUUAUUAACAAUAUCCAAUGUACUGUGUGUUUUCACAGUGGGUGAAAGUAUUGCUUUCUGUCUAAGAUUAAGUGCACUUAAAUUUCAUUAAGUUUUGGUGACUGACAGUGAGUGAUUGUAACUGAACGUGACACCCCAAUUGUUGUGCAUAGAAAAUAUUUAAAAUCAUAAACUUUUGUAUACUCUCCCUCCAGUAUACUGUAUUAUUUGCAAAUUAUAUACUCUGAAGGUAAUUUGCAUGAUCUCACUUGCCCCUUUUUUUGCUUAUAUUAUGCUUCUUAAUAUUGUUAAAGGGUUGUUGUAUUAUACAUUCCAUGAAACUUAUGUGCAUACUUUAACAGACGUGCUUUGAAUAUUAUUAUUCUAACAAGUUAAUUAGAAUAAUACAAAAUAAGAAAGACUUUGACUGAUUAACUAAAAAAAAUCUGUAUCACUCAUCCAAAAAAUGAACCAAUGAAUGACAAAUAGUGAUGUAACUUCAUGUCACAGUACUAUCCAGUAACUAUGGGAACUCCACUUGUCGCCCAAUGACAGAGCUAUUUGAACCAUUGUCCAUAUAACAUACAGUUAUGGUUAUGUGAUAUUCUUUCUGAAAAUAUGAUCAGUAAUGUGCACUACAGUUAAAAUUACUUUUAGUAAGGUAAAACUAAAUUUGCGUUGUAAUCAAACAGUAUUCAUAUGUUAUUUAUUUAUGUAGUAAGAUUUAUUUGGUUUUAUUUAUUCCUGUAUUUAUUUAUUUAUUUGUUCAGUUCAUUUAUUUGUAUAUAUUGACAAACAAUUAAGCAGUAAUGUUAUUUGUGGUCUGUGACUUGCACCAUUACAUUAUGUGUGUAUAAAAUAAACAUAAAUAGUUCAUAUGUUUUUGUUUGUUAUGACAAACUAUUUACGUAUUUUUGACAGUGUUGCUGCAUUCCAUAAAUUAACACUCUGUUAAUAUAACAUAUAAUAGUCUUAUUUAAACUUCAUUGGUGCUUUCAUUCUCUGCUGUUUUCCAUAUUGUCCUCUUUUUCACUGUAAUAUGAAUAUGUACUUAAUUGUGUAGUGUAAAUAAUAAUCUUUUUGGAAGACUUCAUGAUGUAGGUGUUUAUGUAUAUAUUUGGCAAUUGAACUACAGUCUCAAAACCUGUGAAUAUUUAGUGUAAAAUUAUGUUAAUGUGUUUGACUGUGGCACAUGUGUGAUAUAAAAAUUGUAACUGCUGUUAUCCUGCCUCUGUUUUCUUUCCAUUUGAAGGUUUUAUGAAAGAGUUUUUUUUAUUGAAAAAAUAUAGUUGGGUUUCCUGACGUAUUUACAUGACAACAAGUAAUAUUGAAGAUAUUUCAUUUCAAGUAUAAAAGGAAAUAAGAAAAUUUUUGAAAUUCCUUUAUUAUAAAUCACACUACAAGUUCAUUUCAAAUUUUAUAAUAAAAUUUACAUCAUAUUUCUUAACAUGCAUUAGAAGCGGGAGUCUGUAAACCAGUUUCAGCACUGAUGCUUUUUGCUAUUAAUAGUAGCUGUUCUCUUGAGCAGGUGCUGUUAAGACACUUCUAUGCAAUAACAGAGACAAAACAUGAUUUUUAUCAGUGAAGUUUAAUUGCAUAUUAAAGUUUCUCUAGUGGAUACAUAGCUUUGAAAUCAAGAAAAAUCAGCAUUGUUAAUGUUUGGAGCCAUACAAUUUUGCCAGCAUAAAUUUUUAAACAACAGAAUUCGUGUGAUGGAUGCUGUUUUGUGGGCAUUUAUACAAAAUAUUAUUUUGUCAGUUUACUGAUUUUGAAAACAACGAUGAGCCUUUAUAAGAUUGUUGAAUAUUUUCUGUAUUAUAGUGUUUAAGAAAAGUUAAUUAUUGGGAAGUAUUCACAUUAAGCUAGAUAUAAGUACAAAUAACGCCAUUAAUGGAGAGAGAUACAGUAAUCUAGUACAGUACAGGAAAACAUUAAGCUUGUGAUCAGACAAAAUAAGUGUAAAUGGCAUUUUAAAAUAAGGUGCCAUGAAUGUCUUUCAUUUGCUGUCUGACUACAUUGCAAGUAAUGUUCUUAUUUUACACAGUAAAUUAUGGCUAUGUUUCGUAAUAAUAAAGUAGCUUCAUUUACAACUGAGUUUCUAAUAUUAUAGUUCAUUGACUGUGAUGAAAUCAUUAUGAGACGUAUAAAAUCUUUACAUGUAGUGACCUUCUUGCGCACAAUCAGUUACUGUACUUAAAAUCUUUGUCACUGUGCUUUUAUAUCCUUCUGUUAUUUAUAGAAUGUACAUAUAAACUACACACUUUGUAAAUAGCUACAUUUAAUGUAUGAUAAAGUCCAUUAAAUGUACAUAUUUAAAUAAACAAUUGAUUUUACUGCA